CUCAGCACCCGCCCCCAGAGCUCCCGCCGCUCCCCAAGGCCACACAACUGGCAGCUUAGGUUGUUGGACGGUUGUCAUAGGCACUGAAACGGAAGUGACGUAGAAUCCGCAUCUCCGGCGCCGAUUGGAGGCCGCAGCGCGGUAACGUUCAAUCCGGGACGGAUUCUGCAGCUUGUAGAGAUGGCCGGCCGACACCCUCGCUCUGCCAGCGGACGAUCUGGAGUAAAGAAAGCAGCGGGCGGCAGGAAGAAGUCCGGAGGGCACCAGGCCUGGGAUAGUUCGAUCCAUGAUCUCGGUGUUCAUCGUGCGACCCCCGAGGAGCUGGCGCAUCGUCAUGAGAUCCACAAAUCGAAGAACCAGAGCCUGGCCCAAUGGGAACUGAAAAAGAAGGAGUGGAGGAGGCAAAAUGGCGGCACUCCGGACCCCUUAGAGGACAGGCGGCUGGCUCUAAUGAUGGAGAUUCUGUCGGACCAGUACCAGAUGACGGACGUCCUGCAGCGCUCGGACAGGGCCAUGGCUGUAGUGAAGGAUCUCUUUGGGGACGCCCCCCGCAGGCACACCGGUUUCCCAAAUGUGACCAUGGCUCCAUCCUGUGACCUGGAAACCUCACGUGGCCCCAUAGCGCAAACGAAGGACCCCCGUACCCGCCUGUCCAUCCUCAGCGAGAGCAUCAUGGACUCUCAGGCUCUAAAUGAAGUGGAGGGGAUCCAGUCCGAGGACGACGAUGAUGAUGAUGAUGUAGACGUCUCCAUCAGCUUCCAGCCCGCCCUUCACACAGACAAGGUUCGCCGGAUAUUGAAUGAAGAAAGUUCUCGUCUCGCGUCUGAGGAGUGGUCCAGAGACAAAGUGCUGGGUGCGCAGAACCCGCUCGUAACACCCAAAGGAGCCGGUCACCCCCCGAAUGGCGGGAUUGCACUGAACGCCACCGCAGCUGUGAACAAGCUGAAGACUCGUCUUACUGAGGAGGAACAAGAGGAACCGGAAGCCAGCUGUGUCAUCGGCCGCGUAUUAAACCCGCAGCCCCCAAACCACCGCAAGCUCCAGAGUAAAGGAAAGAAGAAGAGACCACCCCACGUCUCCGGCAGUCAGAGAGGCGCGCCCCCGUGCGAGCUGUCAGGCUGCAGCCAGUCCGGCCUGGAUGUCCUGAACCAGAUGAUCCAGGAGGUGGAGAGAGAGCUGGAGACCUACGAGAGGGAGACCGGCCGGGCAGUGUCCUCCGUGCCGCAGCCUCAGGGGCUGAGCGGCUUCACUCUGACCCUGAUCAGCUCGAUAAGGCGGCUGGUGUCAUACCUGAAGGAGAGCGACCGCCGGCUGCGCCAGGAGUCUCUGGAGAGGCAGCGGCUGAAAGACGAGCUCAGUGAACAGCGGCUGCUGAUAGACGCCUUGACCGCCGAAAUUCUCGCUAUAAAAGAUGGCAGCUCAUUGUCCCCGGUAACGUCGGAUCACGUCUAUAGACAUGGAAGUCACUGCCUCAUGUCUGACCACUCGCAGUCAUCUCCUGGAGAUGCCACCAUGAGUCUUCCCGUGGCCAACACAGAACGGGUGAAAGCCCCAGUCGGCUCUGCCCACGCGGUGGGUUUCCUGACAGAACAGGGCUCACCCAAUGUGGACAGGCCUGGAGCGCCCCUCACUGGUCAUGAUGCCACUACACUGAUGACCCCGUCGUUCAGGGAGGCCGCUCCUCUGCUGGACUUUCAGCCCGCUGUCAUGUUGUCUCCUCCCAGACAGGAAACGCGAGCGGAUUUCAGGGACCGGUCCGCAGCGCUCCUCAGCCGCCAUGACACUGUGUCGUCACCAUCCGGUAUAGACCUCCCCUCUCUGGCCCAUGACCCCGAUCCGGCCGCACAGAGUUUACCACGGGGAGACGCACUUGUUGGUCACCACCGCACUGAGGAGCCGGGGAAUGACUGGGUUAACGCCACCACGGCCGACGCCAAUGGUAUUGUGACCCGCAUGGCGGAGCUGUCCUGUCAGAACAACGCACUGAAGGCUCAGCUGGAGCAACUCCGGUAUAAGACGGGCGGAGCUGGCGACUCCACGGACGCUUCACAUGUGACGGCAGAAAAUAAGCAGGAGGCGCCGCCUGCACAAAGUCCAGUGACUCUAGACAUGAGGAUUGCAGAGCUGAACCGGCAGAGCGCAGAGGCCCGGGAUAAACUCCUGAGACUUAUCGAGCAGCAGAAGCAGAGCCUGGUGGUGUCGCCCGCCAUCUCUCCCAUCACGCCACAGCUGGAGGAGCCAGGAAGAAGAGCGCGGCUGAUCGAUGCUGUACUCCCGAUGCCGCAGUUUACCGACUCUUCCAUCGAGGAGACCCCUUCUCCGGGCAGCGGGCGCAGGUCAAGCGCCUCUCAGAGGUCCAAUUCUUCGGUGAGCGGCUCAUCUAGACAACGGGUCAAGGUCAAGGACAAGGAGGAGGGCUGGUUCGCACUUUCCACCCACGUCUUGUAACGCCUCCACCAGAUCAGCGCGGUCGGGGGUCUC